AUGGUGGUCCUCACCAAGUGCGAGCUGGAGCAGAUCGCGCUGCCGGCCGUGCAGCUUGCCGCCCCCCCGCUGGCCUUGGUGCCGGAGGUCGACCUGUCCGCGGUGGAGGCGUCCGACGCCGCCCGGUCGGCGGCCGCGCGCGCGGUGGCCAAGGCGUGCGAGGACCACGGGUUCUUCAAGGUGACGGGCCACGGCGUGCUGGCGCCGCUCCUGGCGCGCCUCGACGCCGCGGCCGCCGCGUUCUUCGCUCUCCCGCAGCGGGACAAGGACAAGGCCGCCGCAGGCGCAGGCGGCGGAAGCCCGCCGUUCGGGUACGCCAGCAAGCGGAUUGGCGGCAACGGCGAUCUCGGCUGGAUCGAGUACCUCCUGCUUGGCGUCACCGCCGCGGGCGCCGCCGCCGCACCAGUGGCGUUGUCCGAGGGCGCGGACUCAUCCUGUUUCCGUGAUGUUUUGGACGAGUACAUCGCGGCGGUGCGACGCAUGACGUGCACGGUGCUGGAGCUGGUGGCGCAAGGUCUGGGCCUGGACGACGAGGGCGUGUUCAGCAGGCUGGUGCUGGACCGGGACAGCGACUCGCUGCUGAGGGUGAACCACUACCCGGCGCGGCCCGAGGCCGCCGGCGAGCCGGCGGAGGUGAGGAGGCGGCUGACGGGGUUCGGCGAGCACACGGACCCGCAGAUCAUCUCCGUGCUCCGCUCCAACGACGCGGCCGGGCUGGAGAUGUCGCUGCGGGACGGCACCUGGGUCUCCGUGCCCUCCGACACCCGGUCCUUCUUCGUCAAUGUCGGCGACGCAUUGCAGGUGCUGACCAACGGACGGUUCCGGAGCGUGCGGCACCGGGUGAUGGUGAGCAGCGCGCGGCCGCGGGUGUCGGUCAUCUUCUUCGGCGGGCCGCCACCGCGCCAGCGCCUGGCGCCGCUGCCGGGGCUGGUGGACCGGGAGGGCGGCCGCCGUCGGUACAGGGAGUUCACGUGGAGGGAGUACAAGACCUCCGCGUACCGGACCAAGCUCGCCGACAACAGGCUCUGCUACUUCGAGACCACGGCGACCGCGGCGACGAGCUAG